AUUCCUUUUGUUUUUUAUUGCAGAAAAGGGGCAAAGUCCCGAUUGCACGUAAAAUCCACCUUAAGAGUUUGAUGCUGGCAAAUGCAGCGAAGAAACUGGAAAAAGAAAAGAAUGAAAGAGAUAUCGAAAGGAAUCGAGUGCUAAAGGAUACUGUGCCACAACUUAACACGUCGAGCCUUUCGGUUCAGGAACUGCAAAACAUGUGCAAACAAUUCCAACAGACGAUCGACGGUGUUGACGCGGAACGCUAUGACGUUGAAGCUAAAGUAUCCAAAAACAGGAAAGAGAUCGAGAGCUUAACUCAGAAAGUUUUAGAUCUGAAAGGCAAGUUCAAACGUCCCACACUCCGUCGGGUCAGGGUAUCUGCAGAUGAAAUGCUGGGCGCUCUGGCAGAGACCACCUACAAAACCUCGUUGGAUUUGAGGUCAAAUCUAAAAUCAGUGAAAAAAGAGGACGAGAAGGAACACAAACAGGUUGAAGUCCAUGAUUGGAGGAAGAACGUAGAAGCUAUGUCUGGCAUGGAAGGAAGGAAGAAGAAAUUUGACUCCGGUGCUCCACCUCAGUAACAGAUACGUUUGGAAGGUGGACAUUAUAAGAAGCAAAUCUGAUAAGGAAAUAGUCCAAUUGUAAAGGAACGUUGUACACAAGGCUGAUGACAUGUUCAACAAGAAGAGUCACUGAAUGAGACUUCAUAUUUGAAUUUAUGAAACUAAUGACAAUGAAAGACUACGAAUAGCAGUAUUAACUCUCUCUGCACCAAGACCUUUCCAACUUUAAAAAUAAGAACACAUUGCCUUUUAGAAGUCAACUCAAGUAGUUUCGCAUCGGGGAAACAUCCUAAUAUUCGAGAAAUAUCCUGAAUCAAAGAGUAUUAUUUAUCUUACAGCCUUUAAAAAUGGUUGACAAAUGCUUGGUAUUAUUUGGAAGGUUUAUGAUGGACCAUGUUACAGAAUGCAAAGGUUGUGGUGAAAUCAACAUUUGUUUUGGUCUCUUGGAAGAAAGUUAAGGCUUUGUGAAAUAUUGCAAUGGAAGCAGUUUGCAUUUAGCUUACAAUCCACACUUUUUCAGCAGAAUGAUUCAGAAAAAUGUGUAAUUAGUGAUUGUUGUAGUUAGAUUAUUUCAACAAAAACAAGAUUUGACUAUUUAUUUUAAAGUGUACAAUUGUUCGCUUUCAAUAAAGGUGUAUGCGCAUUAGAUAUCUUCAUAGUU